AUGACGGCGUCGUCAGAAAGAUGCAUGUCACCUCCUCACUUUGCUCGCCUCAGUCUUCCUGGACUGUGCCUGUCUGCGUGGUGUUCCAAGCCUCGUUCUGAAGAUCCUGAUCCCUGGUUGCGGGUGAACCUGGGUACUCCGCAGUACAUUUUGUUUGUUGCCACACAAGGCGCUGAGAACAAUCAAAACAAGUUUUUUGUUUUGUCGUAUUAUCUUAGUUUUGUUGAUAUUGACGAUGGAGAAUGGAAGAGUUUUGUUGAUGUUGACGAUGGACAAUGGAAGAGGUACACAGAGAAUGGAAAGUUGAAGAUUUUUGAAGGAAACUGGGACGCAUCAACUGUAGUAAAGAACGCUAUCUUGCGUCCAUUCAAGACUCAGACAUUGAGGUUUCAUAUCGAUCGCUGCAAGUCAGAACAAUGCUGCUUGCGGGUGGAAAUUUACGGGCCUGAAUGUCAAAGAGCGCUUGGAAUGGAAAGUGGUGAAAUUUCCGACUCGCAAAUCAAGGCUUCUUCGGAAUCUGGUUCCACUCAAGCCGCCAUCUACGGCAGACUCCACCGUGUAGAAACACCCGGGAGGGACCGCGGAGUCUGGUCAUCCGCUACACUAGGUGCCAAUCAGUGGCUCCAGGUCGAUCUGGGCAAUCACGGCAAUAGUACAAUAACACGAGUAGCAACACAAGGAGGGAAUUUUGUCCUCAAGCAGUGGGUAACCAAGUACAAACUGCAGUACAGUAAUGAUGGAAUAAACUUCCAGUACUACAGGGAACUAGGACAAACUACCCACAAGGUCUACAUGGUUGAUAGAAGCUACAAUUUCCAUACAAGACCUUCCUAUUUGAGAUUUCUUCCUCAGACAUGGAACUCUGACAUCUGUAUGAAAAUAAAAAUAAUUUUCAAGGACCAAGCGUGCAAUGUUAAAGCUCUCGGAAUGGAAAGCGGUGCAAUCCUCGACAGCCAGAUCAGUGCUUCCACGGAAUAUAGUGACGAGUACCUCGCCAGCUACGGCAGACUGAAUUAUAAGGAUAGAUGGGCGUGGUCCUCUUUAGAAAAUGAUCCUGAUCAAUGGCUCCAGGUUGAUAUAAACAGUCAACAUAUCAGUGUCGUACGCGUAGCUACGCAGGGAAAUCGACCUUAUCUAGAUCAGGAAUACGUGACCAAGUACAAGUUACAGUACGGCAAUGACAGACAAGUGUUCUAUUACUACAGGGAACAAGGAGAGUCCACAGAUAAGGUGAAAUACCUUAUUUAG